AUGGACGACACCAUUGUUGAAGUGAAACGGUCAAGGUCAAUGCCGAAGAAGGAACCGUCGAACAAGAAAACAAGUAUGCGGAAUUCACAUCUGCCGUCUCCGAUCGGGAAGGACCUUCGGCAUCGCUUCUACACAGCCGUGGUGUUUCUCAAGGCCGUCACGCACGCGUAUGCAAAGAACAGACAGCCUGCCUCCCAGGACCCAACAUGGCAGAGCGACAACUGCUUUGAGGUCAAAUAUCAGAACUUCUUGAACAGGUUAAGCCAGUUCUGCGACGUCAAGCUCGGCGGCGAUUCCGUCACUGCCUUCACCGUGCUAGACAUGCAGGACCGCGUUCAGUACCGGUUUGCAUGCAACAGGAUGAACAAUAGCCGCCUCGAGAGGAUCUCCAAGUUCGUGUCGGAUCUGCUGGCGACCUUGAAAAAUACUACCACGCCAAGGCAACAGCUCGAACGGGUGUUGACAAAAGUACUGACACAUUGCCGGACACGAAUCCACAGCUAUUUAACUGCUCUGACGAAAGCCUGUCGAGCCUGCAUCGAGACUAGGCCGGCAGACAGGAGGACUCUCGAGCAGCUAAACGCACUGAGAACCGCAGCCUCUGAAGCCGACUUCAAGAGGCUCGACGAGGACACCUUUGCCCAGCGUUGUAGACCUCUGCUGGAUCUCAUACACACGUACACCAGCGACGCCAAUGCCACCAUCCUCACCGAAAGAAUGACCCACAGCAGCAUGACCCAGAGCUCAAGCUGCUGGUCGGAGCUGCGGCACCAUGCCGGAAGGCUCCGCUCCUACGAUCUAGGCGUUGAGGCGCUGCUGGUGGCGGCCGAGACGUUCCCAGCUCUCUUCGACAACCACGAGGUGGUCUUUGUCCGGUCGUCUGCGCCUGACGAGAACCCCGUUGACAAGAAUAAGGACAUCAAGGCCGAGAGGAUCCUCCGCACGAUGACACAGAACCAAGACAUGGCACUCUAUUACAACAGCCUCGUACAGGACGCGAGGUCCCUGAACCUGGACGACGUGAUCCAGGAAAUGGUCAGCGACGAGACGUUCCAGCCCAUUGUCCACGCGGAGCUGCUCGUGCUCCAGUCCCUCGAGCGGGAGGGGCUGGUCCACCCGUCCAACUUCUUCAACGCGUGGAGGUAUAUCGGCUCCAGCAAGCCGACCUGCCGGCUCUGCCACUACUACUUUCAGAGGCAGAAUGGCGGGUUCCACGUCCGCCCCACGCACGGCAAUAUAUAUAUCAACUGGAAGCCGCCCGACCUGUUCAAGAAGGACGGCGAGACGGCACUGAAGGCGAGGCACGACAUGUUGAAUAGCAUGGUCAUCCCGAUCCGUGCCGAGGCGCUCAGGACGCUGGCCGAGAAGGUGCCCCGGGGAAAGCAGCACGACUCGACCACGGGCAUGACGUCCCGCGCAUUCGGCGUGCUGGAUCGAGGAGCUGGGCUGGCUGACGUGGACGUGGACGUGGACGCGGUAGUGGACGACGACAUGGAGACAUCGUUUGAAGACUAAACAGGAGAGAGAGGAGAACAUGACAACAAGAAGGGAAAAAAAAGAAGAAGAUACCGGGCCAACCGCUUCUUCUCACACGGCUCCAUGAUCAACCUGGCCCAACUGUGUCUCGAAAGGGUACAGCGGUGUAAAGUACGCUGGAUGUUGCGGUGGUGCUGAUACACAAAACCUGAGCCGUCUUUGCCGUCCUCGGCGACGAGGAUGGAUCUCAUGGAGCCGAGGACGCCGUUCCAAGGCUGACACUAUUGUUCUCGCCUGUGAGUGUGGCAGCCACACAUACAACCCUCACCGCUGCGGCCCGUGUGUUGAGACAUAAACGCCUCCUUCGGCACAGAAGCUGGGCUGCCGCGUGGAAGUGGCUUGCUAGUCGGCUUGAUGAGACAAGAAUUCCGACAUGUUGCUUUUUGCUUUUCUUCUUUUUUGUCACACCACAAUUGCAUGGUGCUCGACAAGACCUUAUCCUGUUUGCCCUCAUUUGUUUCUCAUAGUUGAGGCUGCUUGCGGGUCCCGCAGCAAGAUAACCAAUGAAGUCAUGAAUUGGG